GGAGGAGUAAGGAGGAGGAGGAGGAGGAGGAGGAGGAGGAAGAGGAGGAGGAGCGUUUUGGGCCAUAUUCAACUGGGUAGACGGGGCCUGGGCAGUCGGCUGGCAGCCCACCCAUAGCGUCUACCCUUUACAUCUACCACGUCUGGGCUGAUUUGGGACCGAAACAAGAUGUCGUACGCAACGUCUUGGCUCGCCAAGCCAAAGCAAGUAUGACGUCACAAAGCUCCUCUGAAUGAUGAGAGCCAGUACCCACACCUCACCGGGACCAGACCAGUCCAGUCCGCCACAGUUCAGCAGCGGAGUGGGUCGUAGUGUGAAGACUGUGCAGCCGUAACGUUGGAAAAAGAACACUGCUCAAGGAUGGGUCGCCUGAACGUGGCGGCAACACUCAUGGUGGUGCUGGUGGUGGCGACGUGUAGCCGGGCUCAGGAAGGCAGUGGUUGUACCGAUGCCAACGGGCUGGCAGGGCGGUGCACCAGCAUCAGAAACUGCCCACCGCUGCGGCAACUCCUACACUCACUGAGGGGCAACACGCCUACCCCGAAUGCUCUGCAAACUUUGCGAAGGUCGGUUUGUUCUUUUGCGAACAACUUGCCGUUGGUGUGCUGUGGCAGAACUUCCCCAAUCUCCACAUCGACUAACCCUGUGGCCACUUCCUCGGGGCGUGACCUCUUGCCCAGUCGGUGCGGGGUGACGGGUCUCACUGAUAAAAUCAUUGAUGGUGAAGACGCUGACCUGCUGGCUUGGCCCUGGAUGGCACUGCUCGGGGGCAGAGCAGCAUCCCCGAAUGCCAGAUUCGUAUGGUUCUGUGGAGGCGUCCUCAUCAACGACCGCUACGUGCUCACUGCCGCUCACUGCUUCGUAAGGACAAUCCUAGAGGUUGUGAGGCUGGGUGAACACAACCUCGACUCUGCCAUUGACUGCCAGCUAAACGUGUGCGCCCCCCCGCCCCAGGACCUCCGGGUGGAGCAGAUCAUUGAACACCCGCAGUACAAGUCGCCCUGCAAAGAGUGCAACGAUAUCGCGCUGCUCAGGCUGGCCAGCCCCGCCACUCUGCACCGCCUUCAUGUGGUACCCAUCUGCCUACCGAUCGACCCUCUGAAGGACAUGGGCUUCUCGGAGGAGGAGUUUCAAGGGAAGUUUGCCUAUGCUGCCGGCUUUGGCUCCGUAUCCAGAGACCCAGAGUCUCCCAAAUUAGCAAGUACACUGCAGCAGGUUCUCCUCCCCAUCGAUGAAGGAGAACGCUGUGUGUCGAGACUCAAGAGAGACUACCCUGACCCUCGCAUGACCUUUUGUGCUGGCGGGGAGGGCAAAGACACCUGCAGAGGAGAUUCAGGUGGACCACUUGUGCUGGCCAACAACAUGGAAACAAGAAGAUUUGUGGUCGGCAUCACCAGUCUUGGUAAUAAAGUGUGCGGCGUGCAGGGCGGUCAGGGAAUAUACACCAACGUUCACUACUACAUACAGUGGAUUAUAGAUAAUCUUCGGCCCUAGAAUGCCUUGCACCAACAUUUAGGGAAGAAAUGAAUCUUCAAAAAUCAAAAGUUAUUUAAGCAUUAUACAAACUCAGAUUUAUUGAAGCAUGAGGCACAAGCUCAGAUAUAUUUAGGCAUGAGACACUACACGUUCUUUAAAUUGUAAAUCUUUUAGAAAUAAGAAAUAGCCUCAAAUGAACACUUGGUUUGAGAGCAUCAGUGAGUUUGAAAACUGAUCCCUGAGAAACCUCCCGAGGAAUUGCCUCAUGCUUUGCAUGGUGUGGAAGUACCCCCUCCCCCUCAUCCUCCCCCCACACUUAAUCAGGCUCAGGUGCCCUGUUUGUUCCACCGCGCAGCAGUAGAACACUUAACAGCGCUUGUUAGAAGUGCAGCAGGAUCUCACGGCAUCCUUUCGUGCCCUCUCGGAGAACAGAUGAAAUCUUUCUGCCGAGUCGAAGGUUUGCAUGUUCCCCUUCUGGUACAGUCCGUCAACAAGAGCUUGAAAAAUGGUGACGCCUUACCACUAUGAUUACAGUGCACACACACACACACACACACCACCACCACCACACCACCACACCACACCACAUCACUCCACACACACACACACACACACACACCACCACCACACCACCACACCACACCACAUCACUCCACACACACACACACACACAACACACCACACCACACCACGCACACACACACACACACACACACACACACACACCCAUCGGUAGAGCGCUGCGCUGCGAGGCUUAUUACGGCCAAACAGGCGGCGGUUCGAGCCCCGCUCAGGCCGGAUUCUUUCGGUUGGCUAGGAAUGGUUACUGUCCCCCCUUGAGCAAGGGGGAUGGGGUGUGUGGUGUGUGAGGUCCUGGCAGUACCCAGAGAUUGACAAUAAUGAGCACUUGCUCUCGUCGGGAGGGUACCUGCUGGCGAAAGCGAGUCCAACUCGUGAUCAGGCCGUGGUAAAUUACACACACAUACACACACAGGCGCGGUCGCUUCACAAUCGAGAGGUCCCGGUGUGGUGUCAUGAGACAUCCGGGUAUCGUGAGACAUCCCAUCUUGAAUACAUACAUGUAUUUCGACAAGGUACCGGGUCUUUUGUCGACUGUUUGUCGGGAUCUGUCCCCCCCAAGUUUAUGUAUAUUAUUAUAAAUGCAAAAGAUGACUUAUGAAUGUGUAUAACUAGGAUAUCAAUAAACGCUCUUCUUUUU